AUGGCGAUGGUCCCCGUCGACUACGCGGCAAUUCUUGCCCUCUUUAUGCGACGCAACUACGGGAUGAGCUCCUUGGGGGUAGGGGUGGGAGGAGAUAAAGGCUUUGGACUAAUCGAUAUCGCGGUGACGGGAGCGCUAGACGGACGGGGAGGCUGUGUGUCGAAGGAUGACGUUCCCAACGCGCUAGUUCGCUUUCCCUCCGUGAACUGA